GUUCGUCAACUGAGAACCUUCUCUGCAAAGUCUACGUAACAUGAUGGUGACGAUUCGAAACCUAGAGCUGUGCGGAUGUGGAAGCUACAGCUACAGCUGAGGAAAGCGAGAAUGAAUCGAAGCAGAAAGCUAAAGAAGGCUUUAAAUACCGACGCGGAGCUCUGACACUUUUGGUCUCUAGACCGACCAGAGAGGUAGAAGACAACAAACUGACAGCAUCUGAACUCUAUUAAAAACCUUUCGGACAGAGGCGAAAUGUCGGCCGACACUGAAGUGGAGAGGAAGAUUUCUGACUUCUUGAGACGAAAUGGCAAAAGCAAGGCGUUGGUAAUUGCUAAAGAAUUCAGGAUAGAUAAACACACCGCGAACAAACACCUGUACAACUUAGAGAGAUCAAAUAAGGCGUUCAAAACGGACGAACAGCCUCCUAUUUGGGACCUUGUGGAGAAUAUGAAUGAGCUCAAACUGACACCCGAACCAAAGCAAAAGUCUCAGACGACAACAGAAACAAGCGGGGAGAAAGAUGUGGAGGAAUUGCUUAUGAGAUCAGGAGGUUUAAAAGCUUCUCAUAUCGCCAGAGAUCUGGGACAGCCAACACAAAUCAUCAACAAACAGCUGUACAGUAUGGAGAAGAAGGGGAAAGCAAAGAAAUGCAGCCAAAGCCAGGUCUGGAGUCUGAAUGAGGAGUGGAGCGAUGAGAGUUUAAGCCAAGAGAGUGAUUCACGACUACAAGACUGUAAACUGAGCUCACAUUCAGAGUUAUUUGAAAUGAUCACAGAGCUUGGUGAUGGAGGCUAUGGUUGUGUUUAUGAAGUUAAACAUAAACUUGAUGGAAAAACCUUCGCUUUGAAGAAGGUUGACUUAACUGGAAAAGCUGAUUCAGAGGUGAAGGCACUGGCUCAACUAGAGCACCCAAACAUAGUACGGUACAUUACAUCUUGGCCUGGUCCUGACAUCUGGACAUCAAACCAGCAAAGAAACCAAGUGUCCAACAACAGGAAAUAUUUAUUCAUUCAGAUGGAGUUCUGUGAGGGAGGAACACUGACUGACUGGAUACGGGCAAGAAAUGAUCUGAGAAAGCAGAGAAUCAUAGGUGAAAUCCAUAAAAUAUUUUAUGACAUUAUCACUGGAGUGGAAUUCAUUCAUGCAAACAAGCUGAUCCACAGAGAUUUAAAGCCUGAUAACAUACUGUUCAGAGCUGAUGGCAAAGUGAAGAUCGGAGACUUUGGGCUGGUGGCGGCUCAGACCGAUCAAAGUGGUAACCCUAUAGAGAGGUCAAAGAGAAGAGGAACACCGCCAUAUAUGAGUCCUGAACAGGAAAAUAAGAAGAAUUAUGAUGAAAAAACUGAUAUUUUUCCCCUUGGACUCAUAUGGUUUGAGAUGCUCUGGAAAAUAUCUACUGGUAUGGAGAGAGUAAAGCUGUGGCCAGAUCUGAGAAAUCAAAGUUUUCCAGAAGGGUUCAGUGACAGAUACUCAGCUGAAAGUACAUUCAUCAUGAAGAUGCUGUCAUAUUCACCAGAGGACAGGCCAUAUGCAAAAGACAUAAAAGGAGAUCUUCAGACGUUUUUCUCUCCGGAACAGGACUUGUUAAGCCAGAAAACAAUUUGAGAUGUUGGUGUAUAGAAACGGUCUCAGCAGUUUUAGUCAAGUUCUUUUUAACGCAGAUUACUUCUGACACACAACAGCUUGUGCUUUGAGGAUUAUGUUGUUUUAUUCAUAACUGAAUGAUAAUUGAACUGAUAUAAAACAUAAAAUGUUGAACAUUUGGGGAAUGAUUUUAUAAACAAAAUAUGAAAUAACUUUCAGAUUUCUACUAGAUUUCUUCUAGUAGUUUUUAAAUAUUUCAAAGGUUCAGUCUCAUUUUGUUUUCAUCGUAAAACUCCAUUAUAAUAAUGUUGUGAGGUUUCUUGUACAAAUCCAAACAUGAUAGAAAUUUCACAACAUUUUUGUAAUGUUGGCUGCAACUAAAACAUAAUGUUUCAUAAUGUUUCCAACAAUGUUGUAACCAUAAUGCUGUAUUGUAUAAUGUGAAAACAUUUUGUGCUUGCUGGGAACGUUGCUGCUCAAGUUCAGCCAUCAGGCAUUUCUUGAUGAAUAUACUGUAUAUGUUGUGGAAUAAAAAGAAUGUCAAAGA